AUGAAUUUCUACAGUCGACUACUGUGCAUUUUUGCGAUCGUUGUAUCGUAUAUGCCUUUUUCUGCGCCAACCUUUUACGCAAAUUACAUUGCUGGCAGAAGUUUAACGAAACAUUUUGCUGCCGUCCAUUUCGCAUCCGGAUUCAUUACAAUGCCAAUAAUUUUGACGAAUUUUUUUGCAAAUGCAAUGAUCAAGUAUUCUAGUUACGAUGAUUAUAUAUUUAUCAUGCUUACGAUUCUUCUCGUUGCAAUUUCGAUUGUGUCGCUUGUCGGUGUGCAAAAAUACAAACCAAUGGCUUGGGAUGGCGGCAACACAAAAUUACAGAAAAGGCGCCUUGUAUCAUUUGCAAUUUACGGCAUCGCGACGGUACUACUCACUUUGCCGAAUUUUGGUUAA